AAGAUUUCAAGAAUAGCUGCCGAGAUUAGAAUUUCUGUGAUCUUCCCACCAAAUAUCAACCAUUCAUUUGGAUUCCACUCUGAUAGAGGCGAAAAACAUAUUGUCACCAGGUAUACUAUCCUGCCGUCGUUCGCCUCAGAUUUUUGUUCAAUCUUGGAACUUUUCUUUAACACAAUGCUCUGUCUGAACCAUAAACCCAAGUUUGUCUAAGAAUUCCAUUUUCUUGAACCAAACAAAAAGAAAAAUGUCUAUUUCCACCCCCUUCAGCAGCAAUGGACUUACGUAUCAGUCAUCAAAAAGCCGCAGCUUUAAAAGGCAUUUUUCAUAUCAUUUGAUUAGCCAAGUCCAGGUAACUACAGUUCCAUAUGCUAUUCCUCUUCCUUCUGUGUAUUUGUCUAAACCCAAAAGAUUUAGUAAAGAAAGAUUUAAACUUGUGACAGCUUCAGCUACCCCAACUGUUGAAACACCCAAAAUUUCGUUCAGAGGCAAAAAUCCAAAAGAUGUUAAUGUAUUGGUUGUGGGUUCUACUGGUUAUAUUGGAAAAUUUGUAGUAAAGGAGUUAGUUAAAAGAGGGUUCAAUGUUACGGCAAUUGCAAGGGAAAGAAGUGGUAUAAGGGGCAAGAACAGUAAAGAGGAGACCUUGGAAUUGUUGAGUGGUGCGAAUGUAUGCUUUUCAGAUGUCACAAACUUGGAAUCAUUAGAGAAAAGCAUUGAGAAUCUUGGGAUGUCUGUGGAUGUUGUUGUCUCUUGUCUUGCUAGUAGGUCUGGUGGAGUAAAGGACUCAUGGCUGAUUGAUUACGAGGCCACAAAGAAUAGUCUUCUUGCUGGUAGGAAAUUUGGAGCUGCACAUUUUGUUCUGUUGUCUGCAAUUUGUGUGCAAAAGCCCCUUCUUGAAUUUCAGCGUGCAAAGUUGAAAUUCGAGGCUGAGUUGAUCGAAGAAGCCAAGAAGGAUAAAGGGUUCACUUAUAGUAUUGUUAGACCUACUGCAUUUUUCAAGAGCUUAGCAGGUCAGGUCGAGUUGGUGAAGGAUGGCAAGCCUUAUGUCAUGUUUGGAGAUGGAAAAUUGUGCGCUUGCAAGCCUAUAAGUGAGCCAGAUUUGGCUUCAUUUAUCACGGAUUGUGUGUCGAGCCAAGAAUUGAUCAAUAAGAUUCUACCGAUUGGUGGACCAGGAGAUGCAUUGACCCCAUUGGAGCAAGGGGAGAUGCUGUUUAGGCUUGCAGGGAAAGAACCUAAGUUCUUGAAAGUUCCAAUUCAAAUAAUGGAUUUUGCGAUUGGAGUUCUUGAUUUCCUUGUCAAGAUAUUCCCUUCCCUGGAAGAUGCGGCUGAGUUUGGAAAGAUAGGCAGGUAUUAUGCUGCCGAGAGUAUGUUGAUUUGGGAUCCUAAGACUGGAGAAUACGAUGCUGAGAAGACACCAAGCUAUGGUAAUGACACUUUGGAAGAAUUCUUCCAGAGGGUACUAGAAGAAGGAAUGUCUGGUCAGGAGUUGGGGGAGCAAACGAUUUUCUAACUAAAUUCUUGUACAACUUUGAGUUAGAACACCUACUCUCUCAACCAUUCUUUUUUAGUCUGAGAAGUUUCUAAGGUAUGUGGUUCACCUGAUUCUACUUAACUACGAUGAGUUUGAUAUAUAGUGAUCUUCAUUCCGAUGUCAAACGAGAAUAUGUACAUGUUAUGAAUUCUGGUUAAUUGCUUCAUAGAAGUAAAAAGAACUGUCACAAGGGUUGAAUUAAGUAGUCGUUUUAUUGAGAUCGAAACUAAAACGAAAUAAUUCUUGAGUUCAGUCGAACACAUUAUGGAAUCACAUAUACAGAAAUGAA